CCUUCUCUCCCUGGUCCCUACCCAGCUCUUGCCCCUUGUCUCUCUUUUGCCGCCGCCGAUGGCCGCGGCGGAGCCCCGGAAGAAGCCGACGCCUGGCCGGGGCGGGGUCGCGAUCCCGCCGGGACUCUCCGAGGAGGAGGCCCGCGUCCGCGCCAUCGCCGAGAUCGUCUCCGCCAUGGCCGAGCGCUCCCGCCGUGGCGAGAACGUCGAUCUCAACGCCCUCAAGUCCGCUGCCUGCCGCAAGUAUGGCCUCUCCCGCGCCCCCAAGCUCGUCGAGAUGAUCGCCGCCGUCCCGGAGUCCGACCGCGACGCUCUCCUCCCCAAGCUCCGCGCCAAGCCCGUCCGCACCGCCUCCGGCAUCGCCGUUGUCGCCGUCAUGUCCAAGCCUCACCGCUGCCCCCACAUCGCCACCACCGGGAACAUCUGUGUCUAUUGCCCUGGCGGGCCUGAUUCCGAUUUUGAGUACAGUACUCAGUCGUACACCGGCUACGAGCCCACCAGCAUGAGAGCCAUCCGAGCUAGAUAUAACCCAUAUGUCCAAGCUAGAAGCCGUAUAGAUCAACUGAAAAGGCUAGGCCAUAGUGUGGAUAAGGUUGAGUUCAUCCUAAUGGGGGGAACAUUCAUGUCUUUGCCAGCUGAUUAUCGUGAUUACUUUAUAAGAAACCUUCAUGAUGCUCUAUCAGGACACACUUCUGCAAAUGUUGAGGAGGCUGUCUGUUAUUCAGAGCACGGUGCAAUCAAAUGUAUCGGCAUGACAAUUGAAACGAGACCUGAUUACUGUCUAGGGCCUCAUUUACGUCAGAUGCUGUCAUAUGGUUGUACCCGACUGGAGAUAGGAGUUCAGAGCACAUAUGAAGAUGUUGCUCGUGACACAAACAGAGGUCACACAGUAGCUGCUGUAGCUGAUUGCUUUUGCUUAGCGAAAGAUGCUGGUUUUAAGGUUGUUGCACAUAUGAUGCCUGAUCUUCCAAAUGUUGGAGUUGAAAGAGAUAUGGAAAGUUUUCGAGAAUUCUUUGAAAACCCUGCUUUUAGGGCAGAUGGACUUAAAAUCUACCCAACACUUGUUAUCCGUGGGACUGGUCUUUAUGAGCUGUGGAAAACUGGAAGGUAUAGAAAUUACCCACCGGAACUCUUGGUAGACAUCGUUGCCAGGAUUCUUUCCAUGGUACCUCCAUGGACACGUGUUUAUAGAGUCCAGAGGGAUAUACCUAUGCCCCUUGUUACUUCAGGAGUUGAAAAGGGAAAUCUCCGUGAGCUUGCUUUGGCUCGCAUGGAAGAUUUAGGCUUAAAAUGCCGUGAUGUUAGAACACGUGAAGCUGGGAUUCAGGACAUUCACCAUAAAAUCAAACCCGAAGAGGUAGAGCUAGUGCGGCGUGACUAUGCAGCAAAUGAGGGUUGGGAGACCUUUCUCUCGUACGAAGAUACACGCCAGUUCUCAUGAAGUAAACAAUCAAAGGAUCAUGUGAUGCAUGGAAGCAGUUUAUAUAUUGAACAAAAAAGAAGAUAAGAAUGAAUGGAAGUAGCAUUCUGAAGAAAGGUUUCAUGUGCAAGAGUGUCAAUUAGGAACUGUAUGACAUGAACACUUGAUACGCCCUUUAAUGGAUGCGGAAAGAGAGUUUAUGAACGUGUUUGAAUGCGAAGCAUCUGGACCAUUUAAUUGAAGUUUUUGAAUCAAAUACCUUUUGAUUCUGAUAUUUCUCCAACCUGCUUGAAAGAAGGAAAUUAUAUAAACAUAAAUUGUUUCACCAUUAUUUGGUAUAAUCACGUCUGCUGCUCAACAAAGCUUCCUUACGCUGACAGCUUAUUAGAAGACUGACAUGUUCAAGGUGAAAUGUUCAAAUUGAUAUGCUUGGCCAUGUAAACUAUUUUAUAAUAUGAUUAGCAAAAAUUGCAAUAGCAAUUUAAUCAGAAUCCUCAGUCUUAUCCCAUAAAUCUCCCCUCCCAACUUCUGUUCCUUUCCCUGGUAGAGAAAUCUGCUAUAGUGGUGAUGGUAGACUUCAGGCUGGGGUUGCAGACACAGGCACUUGGAGCAACAAAGAUAGAUGACAAUCAGGAUGAGGAGCAUGAUCUACUUCGGCUUGAGUUUGGUGGAUUUUGGUUGUGUCAGAUCUGGUUUGGUGGCUGAUUUGAUUUAGUUAGAUGUAAAUUAAAUUAGGAUGUCUAAGUAGGAUUGAGAUGAAGCUGAUGGUAAGUUCCUGCAUUGGAUGGCUAUUAUGUCAUAGUAAAAUCUCAAGACGGCAAAAGUUGAUUGAAGCUUUCCUAAAUC